AUGGAACGACUUCCAGUACUUCUACUUUUUGUUUUGGUUCUAACUGCUCUCGCUAAAGAUGAAAGUAAAGAGAAGAAGGAUUCUCCAGAGAGUCACUCCGGAGAAAGUAAAGAAGUAGGUAAACAUUUGGGAGGACAUAAAGGAUUCGGCUGGAAACACCCUACAGGGAACGAUGGAUUAGGCAAACUUUUUGAAAAAGGUUCCAAAAAACAUAGCGAUGAACAUUCUGGAGAAGGCGGAGGAUUAUGUAAAAGUUCAGAAGAAAGCAGCAGUGAAGAAAGUAAAAAACCAAAAGAAAAGGGCACAGGGAUAAAAUAUUCGUACAACCCUAAAUUCGGCUGCGAUUUACAAAAGGAAAACACUCAGUAUGUAGCCGUUUUGGCUUACAAUAUAAACGCAACAGGCUUCUACGACGGUCAAACAGGCGAUGUGUUCGUCUUUAUCAACGCUGAAACCGCAGGAGUGUACAUUCCCGGCGGAGUCUCCGACAAAACCUGGCUCGCCAAAAAACAGUCCUUUUCCGAAUACUCAAAAAACCAAGUCCCCCUACAAGAACUCUACAAACUCGGUGAAACAAAAGGAAUGAAAAUCACCGCUGAAACUAUCCCAAAAGAUCUUCAAAAGAAAUUAUUCAAAAUUUUGUCAAGCCAGAGUCAGGCUUACAACGACGAGUGCCAAGCAUUUGCCUACGCACUGGAGACCGCCAGUUCUGUUCAUUUAGUAAGAAUAAAGGGUUAUGAGCAAGUUUUGGAUAAACCACUCAGUGAUUUAGACUUGCGGAGUGAUCUAUACCAAACCCUCGGCUACUACAAGGGAUGGAAAGUUUUCUUUGGUUAUUUGGACGGCGAAAUGGAGGCCUUGAAAAAAAGAAACGUACAGUUGAAUUACAAGCAGUUGUUAAAUAGCAAAACAGAAUUUCAUCUUUUGGGUUAUUUUCUCGAAGCUUUGGCACCCCAUUCUGACCUCAUCGAUGCAAUAACACCACAUUUGGAUGACGAGGAGACGUUUUUUGAAAUAGUAGCAGGGUUCGGAGGACACAUUAGGCAUAGUUUCAGUGGAUAUAUUUACGUUGUUUCUGAAAGCGUGGGCUAUUUGCAUGGAAAACGUUCGUAUGAAAGCAUAGAAGCUACUGUGUCUGGAUAUAUUACCUACAAAGGAGGAGUUCAAGACGACUACCAGAAAACAUGGGCAGGGGGAAUCUCGAGUAUCAGAAAAACUAUUAAAAAGACUAAAUUGGAUGGAAAGUUGGGAAAAAUAUUUAAAAUUUUGCAACGUAUGGACGAUGAGAAGAAGUGGCAGAUUGGUGAUGUCGAUAUGUAUGAAGUUCUUAAAACUAUCUCGGACCAAAAACUGCCUGGCAACAAACGUUCAGUAUGGAAGGUUUUGAAUGCAUUAAAGGCAAAAAAAGACAAAAAGCAUUAAGACCAACGGACGAAAAUUGCACUUACUUUUAUUAUAGCUGAUCUGAUACACAUCCACUACGAAGAACUAACCCGUUUCGACCAUCUCACCAAAAUUUGUCACCAACAAUCAAAUAACGUAAUCUCCAUAUUUUA